UUAUGGUCACUGCGUGCUCUUUGGUAUUCAGUGGCAGCUGGGCCGGGAUUAGAGGAGCCAAUAACACUAUUGAAGGGCAGCACGAUUAUAAUGCCGGUUUCACAACUGACACAGUGAGUAACAGUUCAGUAAAUCGUUCGAUAUACAUGUAGAUCAGAAUGGCGGCUGCCUUUAUUUUAGCCAUUACGGUAUUGUUCAUGGUCGGCACGAAUCAGGCGAAAAUCCUUGAAACGAAGCUUGGUAAAAUCCGUGGGAAGACAGAGACGUUAAACGGGAAGGAGAUAGACGUGUACCUCGGUAUUCCAUAUGCAGAGCCUCCGCUUGGACACCUACGCUUUCGCAAACCGGCACCCAAGAAGCCGUGGACUCGCACCAUAGAUGCCACCGAAUACGGACCAUCGUGUACACAGAUAGUCCUGCCCGGGAUGAUAAUCUCGUUAUCCCACACGGAUAUCUCUGAAGAUUGCCUCAAUCUCAAUGUGUACGUCCCUGUAUCUGAAAAUACGGCACCCAAGGCAGUAAUGGUCUGGAUACACGGUGGCGCCUACUCCAACGGCCAGGGGAUGGCGACCCCCUGCCAAGAAUUGGCUUUGCAUGGUGAUAUCGUGUGCGUCACCAUAAACUACAGGUUGGGUAUUUUUGGAUUUCUGUCGACAACCGACGAACACGCGCGAGGCAAUUUCGGACUCUGGGAUCAGCACGAAGCUCUGAAAUGGGUCAAAGAGCACAUAUCAGCCUUCGGUGGCGAUCCAGACAGAAUCACCAUCUUCGGUGAAUCGGCCGGAGGAUCGAGUGUGCAACACCAAGCAGUGACGAGGUAUAAUAUUGGGUUGGUGAAACGAGCCAUCGCCCAGAGCACGCCCACUUUUAGCAACGGGUUUUCGAUCUCAAGGAGCCCACUUCGUUUUGCCAAAAAUUUAGCCCGUAAACUUAAUUGUGACACUACGGACAACCAAGAUCUUACUGACACCCUCAAAUUGGUUAACUGCCUGCGUUUGGUUUCGGCCGAGGCCCUUCUGAAUAAAACUUUAGAGCUAAUACAACCGGACUACACGAAGGACGAUUCCUCCUUCGAAAUGGCUGUCGGUCCAGUAGAAGAUGGUGAUUUUGUACCAUAUGGAAUUAUGGAAUAUUUCUCAGCUUCCAAGAAGAAAAACUACCCAGAAAUGGACGACGCGUUCGGUAAAAUUGAUUGGAUGAUCGGUUCGGUAGCAGACGAAGGGAAUCUUAUGCUUUACAUGUCGGCCAUGUUGCAAGAGGCAGAUGGGUACAAUUUUACUUCCGGGAUACCAGAAAACAUCAUAAAUACAAAAACUGUCAAUCCGAUAGCGAGAACGUUUUACCCAGAAAUCCAAGAAUCGGCUAAAAGGCACAUUCAUGACUUUUACACUCACAAGGCGGACCCAAUAGAAAACACCCUAGCUCUGCGAGAUCUCUUGAGCGAUGUCAUGUUCCACCAACACGUUGUCGAAUCAAGCUUGGCCCACCUGAGAUCACAGAGUAACACCCAGAAAUCAGCCACCUACGCCUAUCUGAUCAGCCACAUUUUGAGCGGGAAGAAUUUUAUGGACUUUACCAUGGGCUUCAGCCUGCCGCCCUGGACAAAGUGUGCGGCACACACGGAUGACAUAAUCCUGGUGUUCGGAAAACAUAUCGCCAAAGAAGGCGUGGAAGUCGAGUGGAGCGAGGAGGACCAGGCCACGGCGGAAGCCGUGAUGACGUAUUGGACCAACUUUGCUAAAACCGGAAAUCCAAAUCAAGGACGCCCACUAGAGGGCGUUCCAACAUGGGAGGAGUACACCAAGGAAAAGAAGGGCUACAUCAACAUUGGCAAACAAACUGAGAUGGGAUACGAUCUACUGCCAGAGAGGAUGAAGCUGUGGACGCAUACAAUUCCAGGGGAGAUUGAAAGAGCAAAGACACAAAAGACGGAAUUGUAAAACAGAGCAUUUAAAAGACAACCGACUUACACCUGUACAAAUAAUACCAGUAUACAAUGUA